UUUGUGCACUGACCGCGGUGCUUUCAGGGACACUGGUAACACCAGAGACUGCAGUCAGACUGACCGCGGUGCGUUCAGGGACACUGGUAACACCAGAGACUGCAGUCAGACUGACCGUGGUGCUUUCAGGGACACUGGUAACACCAGAGACUGCAGUCAGACUGACCGCGGUGCAUUCAGGGACAGCAGUGACACCAGAGACUGCAGUCAGACUGAGCGUGGUGCGUUCAGGGACAGCGCUAACACCAUCAGCAGUGGUGUGUUUAGGUGCUGGUGUCCUCAGUGACUCUAACAGCUGUGACGUGUUAAAGUUGUGAACAGGAAGUGAAGCUGAAGGCGUCGCUCUGCUGCUCAGACUGACAUUCAGUCGUCAUCCAGACAACAUGAAGACUCCGUCUGUGUCUCUGCUCCUCGGUGUGUCUGUGCUGCUGCUGUCUGGACUGACUGUUUCUGCAGUCUCUCUGAAUGUCAGUCCAAACCGUCUCCAGUUCUUUGAAGGAGAGUCCGUCUCUCUGAGAUGUGAGGGACAGGUGGUCUCUGAUGGACAGACAGUAAAGAGGACCAGAGGAGGACAGACUGAGGACUGUGGACCAGCUUCAGGAUUUGGGAGGUUUGAUGGUUCCUCCUGUAACAUCUCUGGUCUCAGUCUCUCAGACUCUGGAGGUUACUGGUGUGAAGACAGAGCUGAUCAGAUCAACAUCAGUGUCAUUAACACAGUAACUGAUAAAGCAGGUGUUCCAGUUAUUCUGGAGAUCCCUGCACUUCCUGUGAUGACAGGAAGUGAUGUCACUCUGCGCUGUAGAGACAAAGACAACAACAGAUUCAAGGCUUUUUUCUUCAGGGAUGGUAAAGACCUUGGAUCUGGACCUGAUGGAGAACUCCCCCUCAGUAAAGUCCAACAGUCUCAUGAAGGUCUCUACUGGUGUUACAGAAACAAAGGUGUUGACUCUCCUCAGAGCAGACUGAGGGUCAGAGCUCCUCCUUCCUCUCCUCCUCCUCCUCCUCCUUCCUCUCCUCCUCCUCCUCCUCCUCCUCCUCCUCCUCCUUCUCCUUCCUCUGCUCCUACUCUUCCCUCUAACUCCUCCCCUCCUCCUCCUCCUCCUCCUCCUCCUCCUCCCCCCUCCUCCCUCCUCCUCCCAGUCGUAGCAGCUCUGGGUUCUCUGGUUCUCCUGGUCCUGGUCCUGGUUGGUCUUGUGCGGUGGAGGAACCAGCUGACCUCCUGUCUCUGUUCAGGAUGGACACCGACCUCCUGUCUCUGCUGUGCAGGCCUGUUCCUGCUGACUGCUGCAGGUGUGUCUGUGCUGCUGCUGUCUGGACUGACUGUUUCUGCAGGUGAGGAAACAGCCUCCUGUGUCCCUGUAGUGAGACUCUUCUGCCAUCUAGUGGUCUUCUGUCCGUACUGCAUCUGCUCCGUCCUGCUGGUGUCCAUCUGCUGCGGCAGGAAGACAGGAAACAAAGCAGCCGUCUCCAUGGAGACGACCCCACCUGUUGGAGGAGGAGGAGAGGAUGAAGAGUAUGAUGACGUCACUGCUGAUGUCACCACUGAGCAUGAGCUGUGAAGAGGCCUCACAGCUCUGUCUGCUUCAACAGUUUACUCUGUGAUCAGUUCCUUGUUGCUGUUGAACGAACUCUCUCCUGUACUUUCCUCUCAUGUUGUGAAGGAGUUUGUUGUUGUUUACUUCCUGUCAGUGACUGAAGGUUAAAUGUGUGUUUGUCCUGAGUUUCCUGCUCUGAAAUAAUAAAGGUGUUUUAAAGAC